CUGUGCUUCCACUGGCACUGACCAUGUGGCAUCCGGCUCACGGAUAUUAGAAUGGAAUCAUCGACCCACUCAUUCAUGUCACUAUAUUCACUAUCAGACUUCAUAGUUCAGCGGCUCACGGGAUUCUCAAAACAACUUCCUUUAUAAACCACAGACGAGGCUUGGACCUCCCCUCACCGUCCAGUUCUUCAUCGGACUUCGCACCCGAAGACAUGUAUCAACUGCUGAUACUCACGUCAAUCUACCUGCACACCGUUGUGCUCGGUCUGCCAACCUAUACGAGUCCCUGCUCUCCCACGAAUGCUGUGACGUUCUGCACGCCGUGGUUGAGUCCGCAGACAAUCCAUGCCAGUGCCCACAAUACCCGUGAGGACCACGCGCCUACACGCGACUGUGGUCCGUGGACCAUCGCCAUCACGCGGGGAGACCACCCCGUCCACGAGGAGCCCACACCCACACCCGACACGUUCGUGGCAUACUUCGCCCGCGAAGAACUCGCACCUGUGUCUGACUUGUUCGGAGGGUACUUACAUAGCCCGUGAGGGCCCCGAACUCAACCCGGACGCGUUCAGCGAUUACUUCAGAGGAUGACUGAAGCCUGGCCCCACCAGCACUUCCCCUUUCACCACCUCUCGAGCCUUACACCUAGCACGUCCUACGUAUACACACUUCUUUACUGUCGUCACGGUACUUGUCUCGAUCACAUCGAUUGUCAUCUCGGAAGACGGACCCACUGGCU